CACGGCGGCGCCGGACUGGAAGCAUCAUGAAUCCCGGGAGGCGUCGGGCGCUGCGGCUGCUUCUGGCCUGGGGUUGCCUAUGCAUUUGCCUAGCUAUGUCAGAAGAUUCUGGUACAGAAGGUCUGAGCUCAACUUCUUUGUCAGACUUCAUAAAAUUGUCCCACUUUAAGUCUCUGGAUUCCAGUGAACAGACCAACCUAGAAUUAUCGGAGUCCGAUUUUGGUCCGGGUGCCCUGCAAGUCUCACCUGGUUCAGGCUUUUUCAGUGACGAAAAGGAAGACUCCAAGGUCCUCCAGUCUCAGUAUUUAUGGGAAGAAGGUGGAGACAGCAAUGAUUCCAAUGUGUAUAUGGGGCCAGCAGCAGAUUACAGUUUUCCACUUGCUUCUCAAAAAGCUUUGCCCAAAGAAAAUGGAACACAAGUGAAGGACCCCCAAGGAGAACCCACUUUUCAUCCCAUCCCUGAUUCCCUUGAUCCAGAAGCCCCUCCCACCAGAGUCCUGGAGGAGGAGGAAGAAGGAUUGCUUCCUAUCAACCAGUCAAAGGGAAUGACUCAAAGCAGCCAAAUGUCAAAAACCACUUUUUCUGAAACACCUAAAGAGGAUUCCUUAUAUUCUAUCCUGUUUUCCACCAUGGCCAGCAGAAUGGGUCCAACGACUGAAGCAGCUACGAACAAGCAUGGGAAAGAACCUGCACUCGAGUAUUCUUCUUCAGGCUUUGACUUAGGAAGCAGCAUGGGACCCAGUCUCCUGCCCUUGUCUCCCAUCUUUUCAACUGAGACCACUACAGACCCCCAGUUGGUCUCAGAAUUUCCUCCCAAGAUUACCCAAGAGAGCUCAGUGGCUGCGAUAGAAAUGGCGGGAGAACAGCUAGCAACCAUAGCUGCAGUAGAAGGCGAUCUACCAGAAAGAAAAGCCACAACACAGGAGGAGAUGCCAAAACCUGUGUCGGGAACAGUUGCAGCUGAGAUGGAACUGACAGGAGAAGAUCUAGUAGGCUCUCAUGAGGACAAUUUCCAAGUAACUGAGACUGUUUCCAGGACUCUUAACAGCCUAUCGGAUCCCAGCUCUUUGGACCAUUUUUGGGACUGGACCAGUGGACGUGCCCCAACUCCAACUGGUAACCAGAAUAGCCAGGAUACAAAACUGCCAAUCAUCACAACUGCUGCAGCAGAAAAGAGUUUUACAGCACAAAACAGAGAUCUCCUGCUUGCCUCAGGAGUUCCCUGGAGUUUGACACAGAUUAUCUGUAAGGACUGGAGCAACCUGGCAGGCAAAAACUACAUCAUCCUGAACAUGUCAGAUAACAUAGAUUGUGAAGAGUUCCGAGUGGAGAGAGGUCUCCGGUUGCUGGCCCUGAUGGAGGACGCCUUCUCCAGAUAUGACAAUGGAUUGCAAGGGCAAUGGUUGAUCUCCUUAAGCAAACCUAAUGAGAAUGACAAACAUCUGUUGAUGACCCUGGCAGGAGAACAUGGGGUUGUUCCAACAAAUGAUGUCCUCUUGGCAUUAGGUGAUGUGCAGAAAAGCUUAGCUGAGAUUGGAAUCCAGAACUAUACAACUACAUCAAGUUGCCAGUCACGUCCCAGCCAGACACACAGCGAUUAUGGGAAGCUCUUUGUGGUGCUGGUUAUUAUCGGCUCAAUUUGUGUCAUCAUCAUUAUCAUGGGACUGAUUUAUAACUGUUGGCAGAGGCGCAUGCCCAAAAUGAAGAACAUGUCACACGGUGAAGAACUACGAUUUGUUGAAAAUGGUUGCCAUGACAAUCCCACCUUGGAUGUAGCCAGCGAUAGCCACUCUGAGAUGCAAGAAAAGAAGCCGAGUGUAAAUGGUGGGGGAGCUGUUAAUGGACCAGAGAGCUGGGAUGUUCUGAUUAACAAGCAAACAAAUGAGGAGGGAGAAGCGUUUGAGGAAGAUACCCACCUCUAAACGAGGACCCCACCUGUGGGAUUGCACUUGCGCUUGAUUUAAAGGCCUAAAGCUGAGGGUGGCUCCUCAAGAACUUGUUUUUUUUCCAUUUGGAAUAGAUCUGCUCUGAAGCAUUAGCACAGUCCU